AUGGCGACGGAAACCCCUGCUAUUGAUGCUAUCCCUGAGAUAUCGGAUACUCGUCGAGUUGAGCUGAUUCAAAAGAUUAGUUCAAUGGCACCAGAUAUUUCAAGCACCACUUGGGCGGUUUUAUGGUUGUCGGACAUAGAACAACUCGAGGACCUCUCGAAUAUGAAAGCAGGACUACUUUCAGCUACACUAACAGGACUAGUGGUUCCCACUCGUCAGAUCCUACUGCAGUGGGCCAGCCGUGCCCGCAGUGUGGACUCCGACAAAACCUCAAAGAGGAAACGAUCUGAUUCGAUCAAGGAUACGUGUAUCAUACGCGAUAAGUAUUGUUUGCUCACGGGCAAAGGAGAGCCUGUUGAGAUCGCUCAUAUCUAUCCUUAUAGCAUGAUGGGCAAGCCGAAGACUACACAGGAGCUGUUUUGGAGGCAUCUGGAGUCCUUUUGGCACCCAGAAAGAAUUGCGAGAUGGAAGAAAACUGUGAUGGACCCAAGCGGAGUCAAGGUGUUGGAGAAUAUCAUGUGCCUCUCCCGCGACUCACACGGCUUGUGGGGUAAAGCUCGCUUUGCCCUGCAGCCACUUGAACUAUCUGUCGAUCGUAAAGCGUUGGCAGUACGGUUUUUCUGGAUCCCUGUAUCAAAAUACAUGAAGACAAUGGGUCUUAAGACGACACCAUUUCUCCCACCGAACCUCGGGCAUACAGGACAAAGGAUCAAGCUUUUCAAUUGCGAGUCAGAAAAGCCAAUCUGUUCAGGCGAUGUUAUAACCAUGAAGACAAGUGAUCCCGAUGAAUAUCCACUUCCAUCUUUCGAACUGUUGGAGAUGCAAUGGUUCUUGACUCGAGCAUUGGGGUUGAGCGGUGCCGCCGAUGUUGAUCCAGCGGAGUGGGAUAGUGACUCUGAUGAUGAGGAGGAAGAGGAGGAGCUGGUGGCUCGACCAUGAGGUCGAGCACAUAGCCUUCAGGAAAACAAGCACCCCCUCAAGGGCCUCGAGUAGAAUGUCUAGCAAAGCAGCGC